AUGGUAGAGACGAAGGGGAGGUUCUCGGUGCGGUGCACGUUCCACUCUCACUCACGCGGUGAAAUAACGGAAAAGCUGGAAUGGAGCGACAGACUUAGGAGUCAAAGUGAAAUUUUCGCCCACCAAGCAGCACUUUCACCAUCGGCAUCUCUGCCACCGGCAAACCCUUUUGACACUGUGAAUAUCACGCAGCGGGUGAAACUUCGAGUGGAUAUGCCGAAAGAUAAGCCGUUAAGCGCGAAUCGUAGUGGUUCUUCCCUGGCUCAUACCGCUCCACUUACUAGACCUCUUUUUCAUGCAAAGAAGAACGUCAACAGGACGCUAAAUCCAAUCCUCAAUCGCCUACCUUUUUCAUCUUCCCCGUCGGGAACCCCCAAGGAACCCCCACUGUUUUCACUGAGACCCUCAACUCCUCCCUCCUCCACUUCGCGACUUCACCCAACCCCAGACAAAUCUCAAACCUACCUCCCAUCCCCAUACAAUUGCGGAAUAGCACUACUCUCCGACCUCACUGGAAAGCCGUUGCUCAUGAUCUCCGACCACACAAUCCCCUUCCCCUACUCUUUGAGUGCCUAUUCCACCCAUGUAUCAGCUGUAUCAGAAAACCCUAUUCGAUCUGGCACUUCUGCCGAAGCACAAGUCGCAGUGGACCCUCAAGUCAUUAUUCCUUGGUAUCAUUUCUCUAGACCUCAACUAGCUCGACCACAUGAAGUACGAGUAUGCCGGCAUGGCGAAGUUGAUGCGCACCACAAAGACCCUGGCGACCUAAGUCAUAUGGGAAACUCCGAUAGAAAAUCGAUGUUCUGCCUCAUACCCGCCGCGGAGGUCUCAAACGACAUAUUUUAUCUUUCAAACCACUCAUCAAUAUUCUUUGAGGUAAGUGCGAGAAUGCUGGAGCUGUGGGUGCUUUCCAAGAUUAAGUUAGGACAAAAAGAUACCAGAAUAACUAUCAGACAGUUUGAUCAAGUCUUAUCUACUCGACUAAGUUCGAGAUGUUGUCUUAAUUCCUUCAAUAUGAAAGUCAUCAUCGUUUACUGUCCGCAACUUACCGUUUCGGGUAUCUAUAUCGACCGGCUAGUCGUAGGAGCAGAGAAGAGAUCUAAGAGUGACUUCGCAGGCUUUGCAAAUGAGUUAGCGCAAGUUUUCAGUCUACAGCAUCUCAUGAUAUUUUGCUCACCACGGUCGAUGAAAUAUACGAAACAUCUUGAGCUAUUCCACAUCAAUACUUGCGGUACGACUAUCAGAUAUUCUAGAAGCAAUAUUGAAAAUUGCGACCAAUGGCGUAGGUUUCUCACCACUUCCAAGUUGGGGCGGAGCUGCCAUCCAAGGAGGAUCCAGAAACCAAUCUCUAAAGACGCAGGGCUAUCUAAACCGUACCAGACUCUAUUUUCCAUAACUGUACUAUCAACCCCAUGGUUAUAUUGUCCAUCCGUGGAUAUUUAUGCUGAUAAUGAUGAGUGUAUCGUAGCGUAA